CAGGCACCAGUAUAUAUCCAACACCCACGUUAAUUAAUUAGAGCUCACUUGUAUAAUAGCUUGCGGAACUUAUUACAUAAUAAUAAUCCUCUCAAUAAAAUAAAGAAACAAAAAAAAUGGCAUCACAACAACAACAGCGAGAGAAACUGGACGCCAGGGCCAAGCAAGGCGAGACGGUGGUCCCCGGCGGAACCGGAGGCAAGAGCCUCGAAGCCCAGGAGCACCUAGCUGAAGGGAGGAGCCGAGGAGGGCAGACGAGGCGGGAACAGCUGGGGACGGAGGGUUACCAAGAGAUGGGGAGUAAAGGCGGGCAAACCCGAAAGGAACAGCUGGGGAAAGAAGGGUAUCAAGAGAUGGGCCGUAAGGGUGGGCUUAGCACCAUGGAAAAGUCCGGUGGCGAACGUGCGGCCGAGGAGGGGAUCGAGAUUGACGAGUCCAAGUUCAAAACUUCCUCUUAAUUGUGGCAAUGUAUGAUGAUACGAAUGUGUAGAGUCUUUCUACAUGAUCAACCAAGGGUUUUUUUUAUCAAUAAGGAGAUGGGAAUUAUGUGGUGUUUAUAGGUUCAUGUGAUGUAUGUUGUGGUCGUUUCUCUAUGUACAUGUAGCUUUUAAUAACAAUGGUCUCUUGUAAUAUAUACUAGCUUUGUCACUACCUAUGUGAUGUGGGUUGGCUGGGAGAAUAUAAUUUUCUCUUCUUUUUUUUUUUUAAUUGUUUUUUGAGUUGGGUUAAUUUGGGUAAUUGAAUUGGGCUACUACCGUUGUGUGUUGAAUUCGUAAUGAGUUG